AUGAGGACUUUUUCGACCACUCCUGAAUACUAUGUGAUUUACGACGCCGGUGUAUCUUUGACACGUGUCACCGUGAUUUCGUUUGCUGCAACUGGUGAGCCCAAGACGAAGGCGUCAUACAUGCAUUUCAAUGUUCUGAGCAUUGGGCAUGAUCGAAAUACGCGCGACAAAUUUAUGUCAAAGCACCGCCAGGAUAUCCAAAAGGAUAGGCGCACUAUAGCUCAACUUUGGAAGGAGGCUGGAUGCGUCAAUGCUAUCCUCAGUGCUAACUCAGAUGCGACGUCGGCAGUGGAGAGUGUUGCAUUUGACAUUGACUUCAAGACUAAGGUUGCUUGCUCGGAAUUUGAGGACAUCUGUAAUGACCUUCAUCCACGCUUUGCGAGACCCACCUAUGAUGCACUUGCGAAUGCUGACCUUUCAUUGGCAAAUAUCUCAUUCGUUAUCUUGAAAGGUGGAAAUUCAUGCACACCCAUGGUCAAGUGCGGCUGUUGGCAAGUGAGCAUUGCAUAUCUUUUUGUUUUUGGACCAUCGGAGUUUACAUUUAUUAGUGAUCGCAUUGCACUCAAUGUCAAUGCUGAUGAAUCCGCUAUGCUUGGCGCAGCACUUUAUGGAGCUUCCCUCUUUCAUCAAUUCAAGACCAAGGACAUUUGUGUAACUGAUGUCCUCAUGCAUGACAUCCAGUCUUACCUGCUAGGUCGAGGCGUGGUGCAAAAAAGGCUCUUAAUGUUCAAGCGUAAAGAUGAUUUUUCAGUGAUACUGAACUAUCCCAAUGAAGUCAUGUCGUUGGUUUCCUGCGAGAUCCUCGAGGCAAAGAAUGUUGGCAUUUGCGAGGCCAUUGAUAAUCUUACUGAGCACGGCACAGUUGAUCCGGUGAUCAAGGCUACUGUCGUGCUUUCUGAAUCCGGCUUUGUGUCUGUCGGAGAUGCCAUAGUCUAUGGCAAGAUUAAAGAUGAUUCCAUCACUGCCACUAUCAUCCCCCUCGAGUACUCUGCCUUUCCCCCGAUUCACAAGAACCGCUGGAAGAAUUGGCAGUGCAUCGAGUGUGCCGUGGACUACUACCUGAAAUCUCCAAUGGCUGUCGCAGUGGAAAAAGGAGUGACAGAGAUUUCUCGUCAAGGCUACGAGGGAGAAGAAGAUUCUUAA